GUAUAGAAUAUUAUUGUGUCUCCACUCCGCAACAGUUCUCAACCGACCAAGCAAGCGUUGGCAUCAGCGCCGUUGCCGGAGCAGCACGCAUGAACGGUGGCGCAUUGGGCAGUGUGUAGGGCGACGUUACAUUUUUGCAACAUUGUGCGGUAAUUGUGGUGACAGAAAGUGUCCGCUAAAAAAGAAAAAAAAAUAAUUAUGAGCAAAUCGCCUGCAAGCGUAGUGUCGUCCGAUGAAACGCACAGUGCCAGUGAUGAGUCGCUGGUCAUUUCGGCCGCCACUUCACACACUUCGCUCAGAUCGGUUGGAGUGACGAAAGCGGUGCGCAAAACAUCCAAAGACGAACCGUCCACGGCCGGAGUUCCGAUGGUCAAGGAAAGACCACCGUGGCGUCCCGCAAGCCUUACCGCCGUAGUAGUGCCUCCGCCACCGAAACCCGACAUCAAAGCGCGGCUGCUUGAAGCUUCCAAGCGUAUGCGUCGCGUCAAUGCAGUGGUGCAGACCGAUCCGGUGCACACGAAGCUGAUGAAGGAGGUGUCCACCGACGAGCAAACCGAUCUGAUACCGUUGGUGGACGAGGAAAUACUGACCGAUGGCAAUCUAGUGAUCCGUGAAGUUGGCAACUUGAUUCUGACACAUUCCGUUGCGCAGAUGACGGACGGGGUGGAAACGUGCGACAGCGGAACCCAGACCGCCAUUCCCCGGAGUGGAAUAUCGUUCCGGAAGUUCCUCGAACCAAUCACCGGCCACGAGCAGAUGGUGAGCCCGGUAGCUAGCGCCUUGAGAACACCGGAAGAAGAUCAGCUGGAGCUCGAAGGUACAAAGACGGAGUCAGAACAGCAACACACGAAGCCUUUGUUCUCCUGCACCGAGCUGGAACCAGCGGGCGAGCGCUUUCCGAACGAUCCCACCGAACCGUGCUCGUCGCAAAGUGGCAGCGACAGCAUCAAGGAACCAAACACGCCCGACCUAAUCAGUGCGACCGUUGAAGGUGACCCAUCGCCACACCGGACGGCCGCGACACUGCUCGAAACGCCCACGUUCGCGGCCUGGCAGAAUCUCGACUUUUCCGACGAAGAGUCGGAGGGUUACGUGCCCCGGGAGCUACCCCGCCGACCGAUCGGUGAAGGCGAUCGUCCGUGGGCCGACUUUAAGGAUCUGGUCAUCGGGUCGCGGGUAGCGAACAUGCGCCUCUCGCCCGUGCCGCCCCGCAAACCGCGCGCUCCCAAUCAAAAGACGGUGACGUGGAGCGACCGGCAGCACCGCGCCGUCUCGAAGCUGAUCAACGAAGCGUCCGCCCUGGUAGACAUGUUCGAUCACGUGUCGCUGCUGCUCGGGCCGGACAUUACGCUGCACAAGCUGCCGCCUCAGCAGGAUUUUCAGCUACCGCCGGCAAAGUGGGAACCACUGCUGACGAAAUCGUGCGAUCUGCUCGAGGAAAAGUUGGCCCAGGUGAGGCAUCUUUCGGUGAGUGAUUUCGAGCGGCAAACACAUGAACCGAAAAUUUCGAUCACAUCUUGCACCAACUCGCCGAUGCUGUCGGAUGUGGGACCGGCGGAUAUUUAAAAGAUGAAUUCUUCUAAGAUAGCGCUUCAUUUUAUUCACUGUUCAUACCCACCCCUUCGUUGAUAUCAGUUUUACCGCAAUUAACAGACCCACGGUCCACCAGCAUGUUUGGGACCUUGUGGUGCCACUUUUUGGUCCAUUGCAAUCAUCCUCUUCGCACUCCUCGCAGGCGGACAUUCGAAACGCCGAGCUGAACGCCUCAUUACCCUGCCGGGACAGUAGGGCACACUCGCCACUAACGGCACAGCCACGCCAGAUACGUUGCGGCGCUUCGCUGGCAGUUGGAAGGAGACGUUUGUAGCCACAGACCGGUUGCACUGGAUGAUUGGUGGCGCUGAAUGGUUGGCAGGAAGUUUUCUCCAGCACGGCAAGAUUGUCACAAUCUACAUCACUGCUAUCGGUACUGCAGGUAUAACACUCCAAGCCGUAUGCGAGCGGGAAGCACAGCAGUGUGGUAGCAGCAGCUAGCAGGAUCGUACACGGCGAAGCUAAGGCGAUCCUCAUCUCGUUCAAUUGCGUGGUGCGUUCCUUGAAAGUCCUACCGUUCGAUUGACCAGCCACGAUGUGAAGGUUUCCUCUAAAUGUGCUACUGAUUCGACCCAGACAGCUUGAGUGCUUGAGACUGCUGCGACGCUACAGAUAAUGCGUGGUGUGGUACUCGAGCUAAUCCUAUGAUAACCGGAAGACCGGUACCCAAACAGUACAGUGGAAGGCCAACAAAUACGAUACGAGUGGCUCGGGAGCGGCACUACUAUUAGCACUGACAGUGCACUGGACCAGUAAAGUACAAGCCAUUUGGAUUCGAUUGUGUUUGAUUUUUUUUUAAAUCUUAUUUACACCUUUAUUUUCUUGUCUUAUCGAUCGGCAAUCGAUUGGUGGUAAACUUAACAAUUCAACAAGAACAAGUAUGCAUAACGUAAAGGAAACGGAAAACAAUCAGGCGUGAAGAAUGUAACGGAACGGAGACGACAGAUCUCUUAGUGUAUAGAGUCCACUGGCUGGCGACCAGCAGCAUAAAUGUAAAGAUAACUCAAGAAAUGCAAUAAACAAACAGAAAUGUAA